AUGGGAAGAUUUGGAACAUUAGAGUUUCGUGGAGAUGGGGAAGUGGAUCUAAUUGAUGUAAAUGAUGAUGAGGAUAAGUUGGUAGAGGUGGAAACAAUUGAAAUGCUAUAUUGUAGGAUCUGUGAUGAUAAGAAAAAAAUUGAAGAAGCAAUUAAGAAGGGGUUAGAAAAUGAUGCAAAUGAUGAGGAGGUAAAAGAGUGGUCACGGAAGGUGCGUCAACUUUUUUAUGCGACGACUCUGGAACCUGAGAGAGUUGAUUAUCCAAAAGAAUCUAAAAAAAUAAAUGUUGUUGGAGGUGUCACGGAUGGAGAUAAUAGCUCACCCACAAAUGAAGCGACAAUGAAAACGCCAGUUAAAGUUGCUGUCAAUUCUGAUCAAAGUAAUUUUGUGAAAGGAAGUAGUCUGAUAUGCAAUGUUCCACUGGAAGGAAAUAACGGGAAGACAAAGGUUGUGUAUGUGUGUGACUCAAUUUCAGUACUCUUGCUUGAAUAUAAAGGAUAUUCAUUGUUGGAUAGUCCAGUUGUUAUGACUCCUGGUUUUUUGAAUAUGUCUGAUGAAAUUGUGGAAAUGAGCAUCAGAAAGAAGAAGGGUUUUUGCAAAGAUGACAUACCAUCAUUCGAUUUGAGAAUAACACAAUUGAAUGAGGAAGAUAAAAAUAUGGAUGAUAUGGAAGGAACUAAGGCAGUAAUUAGAUAUACAAAGAAAUCUGUUGCGGAAGAUAAGCUAAAGAGAAAAAAUGGCAACGAUAUUAUGGAAAGUGAAAAGGUGCAUGUUGUUGACUUCAAUAAUGGAAAAGGUAAAAGGAAGGGGAAACUUGGACAAUUUAGGUGUUCACCAUAUGUAGAUCGGAUUACAGACAUGGAUGAGACGGUUAAAGAUGAUGAAAACGUUGUGGCUCAAAGCAUAAUAACAUGGGGAAAAGAUAAAAGAGAAAAUAAUAUGGGAAACUAUUGA